AAUAAAUUUCGAGUUUUCACUUAGGACAAGAAAUAAUAAAAACCCAUGUAACAGUGCGUAAUAUACAUGUAUAGAAGUAAAUAGUUUUAAUAAUUGUUACAUUUUUGUUUGAUACUGUUGGAAAAAAUAGGAAGAAUUUUUAUAAUAAUUCAAUGCAUUAAAAUAUUUUUUCUGGGGGAAGGGAAUUCAAGUUUUGAAAUAUCACAUGUGAUAUAAAGACCAUCUCAUCAAAAAUUAACCUGGUUUUAUGAUCAGUACGUAUUUUAAAAUAUUUUCAGAAACGAUCGGAAUGGCUGUUACCAAAACGCUAAUCAUUAACUUGUCGACGUCAGCAGUGGGUAUCUUUCUUUGCUUCGUUGCAUUGGUAACACCUGGAUGGCUUUCAGCGGACGAAUCUUCAGUCGGUGUAUUUUACAUGUGUACUUACCCUUCUGGUCAAUGCUCUGCAUUUCUUUUCAACAAUUUAAAUACGAAUUGUGGUGGAUUAAUUAACUUUCAUCUGACAGAUGUACAACUAGCUGGUGUUAUUGCUAUCGUACUUGGUGUAAUUGGUUGGUUGGUUCUUUUGGUUUAUGCCAUUUCCAAAGAGUCAUCUGACUCUGCGUUUUUUACAAGCGGAAUAAUUCUGCUUGUUGCAUCCACAUUCGAAUUUUUCCUUUUGGUUAAAUUUAUUCUUCUCAACGUUUUCCUAUUCCAAAGAGUAGUCCACAUUGGAUUUCCUUUCUCUAUGCUCAUUUCCAGCUUUGGCCUCGUUCUUAUUAUGUUUACGGUCGUGAGGAUUUUCAUUCGUAAUGAACAAAUGUUGAACAGUUGCAACUCUAAUGAGCGUGCCAUUACCUCUGAGCCUGACACGUCACUGGAUUGAAUGAACUUCAAGGAUAAUUCGUUCUAUAUGUAUGCAAUGUCACAGAAUGCCUAUGAAGUAACUCUGAACUUCAAUGCUUUAUAAAAGUCUGUACUCAAACAUUUACCGAAAGUUUUAGAAUAAAGUUUUGUAUGCUGUAUCCUUUGAUAUUUUUUGUAACAUAGAAUAAGACAAGAGCAAUAAAGUAUAAUAAUAUUAAAAUGUCUCUGUCUCUGUCUCUCUCUUCUUUGGUUUUGUCUCUCUGACUCAGUUACUUCUAACUCAUGUGAAAUAAACUAUUUAUAUGCAUUAUACUUCUAUUUUUCAUAAUUGUUUACAAUUAAAAAUCAUGGAAAUAA